AUGGGACUGGAAGUUGUCGUUGGCAAUGGAUUUGAAGUUGUUGUCACGGGCGUUUCAGUUGUAGUUGUGCUGGGUUUCGUAGGCGUUGUGGCAGUGGGCGGUAAGGUUUUAACGCUCGGUGUUGUUGUUUCAGUAGGAUGUACACUCGUUGGAUGCGUUACAUCGGUUGGAACGGAUGGAGUCUCCGUUACAGUUGAAAGAGUAAUGGGACUAGAAGUUGUAGUCGGCGAUGGAUGGGAAGUUGUUACCACGGGCGUUUCAGUCGUUGGAUGCGUUACAUCGGUUGGAACGGAUGGAGUCUCUGUUACAGUUGAAAGAGUAAGGGGGCUAGAAGUUGUAGUCGGCGAUGGAUGGGAAGUUGUUACCACGGGCGUUUCAGUCGUUGGAUGCGUUACAUCGGUUGGAACGGAUGGAGUCUCUGUUAGAGUUGAAAGAGUAAUGGGACUAGAAGUUGUCGUUGGCAAUGGAUUUGAAGUUGUUGUCACGGGCGUUUCAGUUGUCGUUGUGCUGGGUUUCGUAGGCGUCGUGGCAGUGGGCGGUAAGGUUUUAACGCUCGGUGUUGUUGUUUCAGUAGGAUGUACACUCGUUGGAUGCGUUACAUCGGUUGGAACGGAUGGAGUCUCCGUUACAGUUGUAAGAGUAAUGGGACUAGAAGUUGUAGUCGGCAAUGGAUUUGAAGUUGUUGUCACGGGCGUUUCAGUCGUUGGAUGCGUUACAUCGGUUGGAACGGAUGGAGUCUCCGUUACAGUUGAAAGAGUAAUGGGACUAGAAGUUGUCGUUGGCAAUGGAUUUGAAGUUGUUGUCACGGGCGUUUCAGUCGUCGUUGUGCUGGGUUUCGUAGGCGUUGUGGCAGUGGGCGGUAAGGUUUUAACGCUCGGUGUUGUUGUUUCAGUAGGAUGUACACUCGUUGGAUGCGUUACAUCGGUUGGAACGGAUGGAGUCUCUGUUACAGUUGAAAGAGUAAUGGGACUAGAAGUUGUAGUCGGCGAUGGAUGGGAAGUUGUUGUCACGGGCGUUUCAGUUGUCGUUGUGCUGGGUUUCGUAGGCGUUGUGGGAGUGGGCGGUAAGGUUUUAACGCUCGGUGUUGUUGUUUCAGUAGGAUGUACACUCGUUGGAUGCGUUACAUCGGUUGGAACGGAUGGAGUCUCCGUUACAGUUGUAAGAGUAAUGGGACUAGAAGUUGUAGUCGGCAAUGGAUUUGAAGUUGUUGUCACGGGCGUUUCAGUCGUUGGAUGCGUUACAUCGGUUGGAACGGAUGGAGUCUCCGUUACAGUUGAAAGAGUAAGGGGGCUAGAAGUUGUAGUCGGCGAUGGAUGGGAAGUUGUUACCACGGGCGUCUCAGUCGUUGGAUGCGUUACAUCGGUUGGAACGGAUGGAGUCUCCGUUACAGUUGAAAGAGUAAUGGGACUAGAAGUUGUAGUUGGAUGGGAAGUUGUUGUCACGGGCGUUUCAGUUGUCGUUGUGCUGGGUUUCGUAGGCGUUGUGGGAGUGGGCGGUAAGGUUUUAACGCUCGGUGUUGUUGUUUCAGUAGGAUGUACACUCGUUGGAUGCGUUACAUCGGUUGGAACGGAUGGAGUCUCCGUUACAGUUGAAAGAGUAAGGGGGCUAGAAGUUGUAGUCGGCGAUGGAUGGGAAGUUGUUACCACGGGCGUCUCAGUCGUUGGAUGCGUUACAUCGGUUGGAACGGAUGGAGUCUCCGUUACAGUUGAAAGAGUAAUGGGACUAGAAGUUGUAGUCGGCGAUGGAUGGGAAGUUGUUGUCACGGGCGUGUCAGUCGUUGGAUGCGUUACAUCGGUUGGAACGGAUGGAGUCUCUGUUACAGUUGAAAGAGUAACGGGGCUAGAAGUUGUAGUCGGCGAUGGAUGGGAAGUUGUUACCACGGGCGUGUCAGUCGUUGGAUGCGUUACAUCGGUUGGAACGGAUGGAGUCUCUGUUACAGUUGAAAGAGUAAGGGGGCUAGAAGUUGUAGUCGGCGAUGGAUGGGAAGUUGUUACCACGGGCGUGUCAGUCGUUGGAUGCGUUACAUCGGUUGGAACGGAUGGAGUCUCUGUUACAGUUGAAAGAGUAAGGGGGCUAGAAGUUGUAGUCGGCGAUGGAUGGGAAGUUGUUACCACGGGCGUGUCAGUCGUUGGAUGCGUUACAUCGGUUGGAACGGAUGGAGUCUCUGUUACAGUUGAAAGAGUAAGGGGGCUAGAAGUUGUAAUCGGCGAUGGAUGGGAAGUUGUUACCACGGGCGUGUCAGUCGUUGGAUGCGUUACAUCGGUUGGAACGGAUGGAGUCUCUGUUACAGUUGAAAGAGUAAGGGGGCUAGAAGUUGUAGUCGGCGAUGGAUGGGAAGUUGUUACCACGGGCGUGUCAGUCGUUGGAUGCGUUACAUCGGUUGGAACGGAUGGAGUCUCUGUUACAGUUGAAAGAGUAAUGGGACUAGAAGUUGUAGUCGGCGAUGGAUGUGAAGUUGUUGUCACGGGUGUUUCAGUUGUCGUUGUGCUGGGUUUCGUGGGCGUUGUGGGAGUGGGCGGUAAGGUUUUAACGCUCGGUGUUGUUGUUUCAGUAGGAUGUACACUCGUUGGAUGCGUUACAUCGGUUGGAACGGAUGGAGUCUCCGUUACAGUUGAAAGAGUAAGGGGGCUAGAAGUUGUAGUCGGCGAUGGAUGGGAAGUUGUUACCACGGGCGUGUCAGUCGUUGGAUGCGUUACAUCGGUUGGAACGGAUGGAGUCUCUGUUACAGUUGAAAGAGUAAGGGGGCUAGAAGUUGUAGUCGGCGAUGGAUGGGAAGUUGUUACCACGGGCGUGUCAGUCGUUGGAUGCGUUACAUCGGUUGGAACGGAUGGAGUCUCUGUUACAGUUGAAAGAGUAAGGGGGCUAGAAGUUGUAGUCGGCGAUGGAUGGGAAGUUGUUACCACGGGCGUGUCAGUCGUUGGAUGCGUUACAUCGGUUGGAACGGAUGGAGUCUCUGUUACAGUUGAAAGAGUAAUGGGACUAGAAGUUGUAGUCGGCGAUGGAUGGGAAGUUGUUGUCACGGGUGUUUCAGUUGUCGUUGUGCUGGGUUUCGUGGGCGUUGUGGGAGUGGGCGGUAAGGUUUUAACGCUCGGUGUUGUUGUUUCAGUAGGAUGUACACUCGUUGGAUGCGUUACAUCGGUUGGAACGGAUGGAGUCUCCGUUACAGUUGAAAGAGUAAGGGGGCUAGAAGUUGUAGUCGGCGAUGGAUGGGAAGUUGUUACCACGGGCGUGUCAGUCGUUGGAUGCGUUACAUCGGUUGGAACGGAUGGAGUCUCUGUUACAGUUGAAAGAGUAAGGGGGCUAGAAGUUGUAGUCGGCGAUGGAUGGGAAGUUGUUACCACGGGCGUGUCAGUCGUUGGAUGCGUUACAUCGGUUGGAACGGAUGGAGUCUCUGUUACAGUUGAAAGAGUAAUGGGACUAGAAGUUGUAGUCGGCGAUGGAUGGGAAGUUGUUGUCACGGGUGUUUCAGUUGUCGUUGUGCUGGGUUUCGUAGGCGUUGUGGCAGUGGGCGGUAAGGUUUUAACGCUCGGUGUUGUUGUUUCAGUAGGAUGUACACUCGUUGGAUGCGUUACAUCGGUUGGAACGGAUGGAGUCUCCGUUACAGUUGAAAGAGUAAUGGGACUAGAAGUUGUAGUCGGCGAUGGAUGGGAAGUUGUUGUCACUGGUGUUUCAGUUGUCGUUGUGCUGGGUUUCGUGGGCGUUGUGGGAGUGGGCGGUAAGGUUUUAACGCUCGGUGUUGUUGUUUCAGUAGGAUGUACACUCGUUGGAUGCGUUACAUCGGUUGGAACGGAUGGAGUCUCCGUUACAGUUGAAAGAGUAAGGGGGCUAGAAGUUGUAGUCGGCGAUGGAUGGGAAGUUGUUGUCACGGGUGUUUCAGUUGUCGUUGUGCUGGGUUUCGUAGGCGUUGUGGCAGUGGGCGGUAAGGUUUUAACGCUCGGUGUUGUUGUUUCAGUAGGAUGUACACUCGUUGGAUGCGUUACAUCGGUUGGAACGGAUGGAGUCUCCGUUACAGUUGAAAGAGUAAUGGGACUAGAAGUUGUAGUCGGCGAUGGAUGGGAAGUUGUUGUCACUGGUGUUUCAGUUGUCGUUGUGCUGGGUUUCGUGGGCGUUGUGGGAGUGGGCGGUAAGGUUUUAACGCUCGGUGUUGUUGUUUCAGUAGGAUGUACACUCGUUGGAUGCGUUACAUCGGUUGGAACGGAUGGAGUCUCCGUUACAGUUGAAAGAGUAAGGGGGCUAGAAGUUGUAGUCGGCGAUGGAUGGGAAGUUGUUACCACGGGCGUUUCAGUCGUUGGAUGCGUUACAUCGGUUGGAACGGAUGGAGUCUCCGUUACAGUUGAAAGAGUAAUGGGACUAGAAGUUGUAGUUGGAUGGGAAGUUGUUGUCACGGGCGUUUCAGUUGUCGUUGUGCUGGGUUUCGUAGGCGUUGUGGGAGUGGGCGGUAAGGUUUUAACGCUCGGUGUUGUUGUUUCAGUAGGAUGUACACUCGUUGGAUGCGUUACAUCGGUUGGAACGGAUGGAGUCUCCGUUACAGUUGAAAGAGUAUGUGGGCUAGAAGUUGUCGUCGGCAAUGGAUUUGAAGUUGUUGUCACGGGCAUUUCAGUUGUCGUUGUGUUGGGUUUCGUAGGCGUUGUGGCAGUGGGCGGUAAGGUUUUAACGCUCGCUGUUGUUGUUUGA